AUGCCUCCUCCACCCAAGCGCAAGCGACCCGAGCGCACUUACUCACAGGACGACGACCGCAGUGGACGCCCGUCGCCGCACCGCCCCCAGAACCUCGGAUUCGCGCAUCACCAGCAACAGCAGCAGGCUAACAGCCCGCGCGGAGGCGGCGGCGGCGGCGGAGGGGGCAGGCGGCAGAGCAGAAACAACGGACGCGGUGGCUCCAGCGUUCCCCAGAGCCCUAACAACGCCUCAUCACACGCGUCGCCGACCGCCAUGUCUCCGCCUGCGAACACCUUCCCGUUGACUCGGCCGUCUCAAGCCACACCGACCACCCCGGCCCCAGCGCCGGCUCCCUCACAACCUUCGACGCCUUCCACACCGCGCGAGGUCCCCGAGAGCAAUGAGUAUCUGACGCCAGACCGCGUCGCUCGCUGGAAUGGCGAAGCACGCGACGCUGUGGUCAAGGCCGCCAUGGCUGCUCAAGGCACAGGCGACGUCCUCACCCUCUCGGUCAUAUUUCACGAGAUCAUCGAGGCGUCCAUGGACCAGCUGCUAGAUGCCGGCGAGUUGGGCUCAAUAGUACGCGACAUCACAUCUGCCCCGGCCGACGAGCACGUCGACUCAGUAUCGACGUUCCUCGACACGCUGAGUUCGCUCACACAAGAUGAAGGCAAACAGGCGCUCGUGCGACAAAUGCUUGUCGCGACAGAUAUCGACGUGUCGCGCAUGCGAGCCGAACUAGAAAACGACCUCUUGAAGUCCUUGGGCCUUGUUCGCGAUAGUUUCUCCAAAAUGGCAGUUCGCAAAGCAACUCACGCCCUGUACCGACAGUCUAACUACAAUCUGCUGCGCGAAGAGACCGAAGGCUACUCCAAGCUCAUGACCGAGUACUUCACUACCGUAAACAGCGAACCGCCCUCACAGGAAGUCGUCGGCGAGACCUGGCAACGAGUGAACGCUCUCAUUGGCGCAUUCGACCUGGACAUUGGCAGAGUUCUCGAUGUGACGUUGGAUGUGUUUGCCAACCUCCUAGUCAAGCACGGAAGGUUCUUUGUCAAGAUGCUAAGGUCGAGCGCAUGGUGGCCCGAGCUACGUGGUUUCGAUAACAUCAAGUGGGAAGAGCCCGAAGUACCGAUAUUGCCCUUAUGGGCGCGACCUGAUGCGAAGCAGUGGUAUUACACCGAUGAAGAGAAGGACGAACAGCUGCGCCUGCGAGAGUCGCGCGACUGCAAAUUCUGGCAGCGAGUCGGUGAGUUGGGCGACCGGGCAGGCAUUCAGGCCUUCUUUGAACUUGGAGGCCGUCGCAUCACUGCGAACAACCGACAACCCGACCAGACCUUACCUGCCGAAGGUGCGCCGCUAUCGAAGCAACAAGCAGCUCGGAAAUGGGCCGACGAGUGGAUGGAGCAGACCAAGACACUCCCUCCGUCAGGAAACGACAUCGCCGCCCAACUGCUUGGCUUCAAGCUCCAAUUCUACGCGUCAGAUGUCCGCGAUGCCACCGACGAACUUCCUGACAAUCUCAUGUACCUAAUUGCGCUCCUGAUCAAGAUUGGCUUCAUCUCUAUUCUGGAUCUUUAUCCUCAUCUAUAUCCACUAGAGCCAGACAUGGGUGCACACAAAGAAAAGCUCCUCAAGGCCAAGAAAGAGAAGGAGGAAAGCGAACGAGGCGCAGUUGUCAACGCUCUGACUAUGGCCGGUGCACUGCCCGACGAGACUCCUGGCCCGCCAGCUGUUUCCCGCCUCCGAGACGCCGACUCCAGAUCCAAAUCCGACACUGGACGGAGCACGCCUGCCAAGUCUGAUGAGCCCGCGGACAAGAAGAAAGCUUUACCCGAGCCCAAGGACCAGAAGUUCACGCUUUUGAAGAGUCUGUUAUGCAUCGGCGCGCUGCCAGAAGCUCUGUUCAUACUCGGGCGACAUCCUUGGUUUCUGGACGUUUACCCCGAGCUAUUGGACCUCAUCUUCCGCCUGGCACAUCACUCUUUGACCAAGGUUUACGAGGAAUCCAAACCGACCUCAGUUGAAAAGUCCGUCAUUGCCACCAAGGGUAGUAAUAAUCGGGGUAUCAUGCGGCCUAGCGAUUACGUCCCUCGACGGACUCUCCGAUGGGCCAAACCGGACCGGAAAGACCAAGAUGGAGGAACUGACUACAAGUUCUAUUGGGAAGACUGGGUUGACAACGUCCCCGUGUGUCAAGAGGUGGAUGAUGUCAUCAAGCUUUGCACCAGUCUCCUAGGCUUGGUGGGACCAGAGUGUGGAAAGGAUAGCGUUCUCCUAACCAAGAUCAUACGUAUCGGCAAGAAGAACCUGGCCGACGAUCCUUCCGAGUCGAAUCGAAAGCGAUGGGUGAACUUCUCAGCAACUUUCGUUGCACCUGCGAUUACUUUCACAGGCAGAAAUCCCGGAGUCAUCAACGAGGCAUGGGAUCUGUUCAAACAUUUCGACACAGCCACACGAUACACCAUUUACCAACAGUGGUUCAACGGAAUGCUUAAGCCGGUGAUCAAGACUGCUUUCAAAGAAGUCGAAACUGAAACCAGGAAGACUCUAAGUCGUAUCUCUGCAACCAACACCAAAGAAUAUGGUCGCAAAAUCGCCAAGAUCUCGUAUGCUAGCCCAGGCAUCGUCUUCCGAACAACAGUCAAGCAAUUGGUCAACUACCCAAACAUGAUCACUGCCUUGGUCGAAUGCAGUCGAUAUCUUACUUUGCUUGGGUAUGAUGUCCUGACCUGGACGCUGGUUACAUACCUUCUCAACCCCGACAAAGGAUCACAGCAGGAUGACGGUAUGUUGUCUGCGCCGUGGUUAAAGAACAUUGCUACCUUUGUCGGCAAAGCUUACGCAAGAUAUCAUUUGAUGGAUCCUGUUCCCGUUCUACAGCUCACCACACACCAGCUCUUGACUGCUGAAGGCGAGCUAUACAUGUUGGAUGUUCUUGAACAAAUAGUCAAGUCCAUGGGUGGCAUUAGCGUCAGUGGAUCUGUAUCAGAGUCAGUGACUCUGGCGCUUUGCGCAGGACCUGCCCUUCGUACGUUCACUUUACAGUAUCGUCUAGCGGAUAACCGUACCCACGCUGCUUCUUCAGCAAGACGUCUAGUCAGGUGUCUGAAGGAGACGGGACUCGGACCACAAAUCCUCAUCGCACUGGCGCAGCACGUGGAAGCUUAUGUUCACCGCGACGACCAGCUGGAAGUACCCGACAAGCCUGUACUUUUCAACGUCGACAAAUUGCGCUCCGUCAUGCUUCAAUAUCUGGAGCUCCUCCGUACAUUCCUCUCUGUGGACGACUUUGACGCUCUGUUCCCUUCGCUGGUGGAGAUGAUUGCGGAUUACCACGUCGAGCCGGACGUUGCUUUUACAAUUGCUCGUGCGGGCAUAGCAGCCAAGGCCAAUGCUUUCCGAGCUGAACAACGCUCGAAGCUACUUUCCGAUACACAGACGAACGGCGAUGUUGUCAUGAGCGGCGUGGAAGAGUCACAAGCUGUGAAUGGAGCGCAAGAUGAUGCCACAUCCGCUAAGACCUCGAGAGCGAAAGAAGACGUGGAGAUGAAAGAUUCUGCUCCUGCAGAAGGAGACUUGGCAUCCGUGACUGCAGCUCGUUCGGACAAGCCUUUCUUGCCCGAUGUGCCAAAUUCAGAGGUUGAAAUCCUCGCGAACCAACUGAAGGAGCAGCUACCGGAGACCUUCGGCAACCAUCCUUGUGUGUCCUACUAUGUCGCAUUCUGGCAGUUGUCUCUGACAGACGUUGUCGUCGACGUCGAUGGCAUCAAUCAACAAUACAAGGAUUCAAUCGAGACCUUGGAGCGACAACUGCCCGCUCCUGUGCCCGAGCGCCGUGGGUACCGACCUAACGUACCCAAAGCUGAUUCAGAAUCUGUCAAGGCUCUUAAGGAGAACAUAGCCAGGAUCAAGGACGAACAACAGGUUAUCACGAAGAACCAUGCUGUGACACAAGAGAGUUUGAAGGUCGAAUUACGUCGAUGGUUCGAAGGCGUUCCAAUGAUGGGACCACAGUGCGACGUCUUGCACAACGCUCUGCUCCAAGACUGCUUUAUCCCUCGCAGUCGCAUAUCUCAAGAAGACGCCCAAUAUGCGUUCUCUAUGCUCAUAUUCAUGCACAGCUCAGGUGUGCCAGGGUUCCGCAUGAGUCGACUACUGGAUAUGCUCUUCAACGCAAAUAGGCUUACAUCUAUCAUCAGUAUGUACACUGAAGCAGAGUCCUCAUCUUUCGGGAGGUUCCUCGGUGGUAUCUUGCGUGAGCUACAAGUCUGGCAGGAGAACAAGGAUGAUGCUUUUGUCAAGAACGCCCAUGGUUUGGAAAAGAAUCUUCCUGGCUUUGGCAGGAGCUACGACGGGGACCGGAACGCGACAAGCUUCUUCACUUACGACCAGUUCUGUAUGGUCUUGUUCAAGUGGCACAAGGCACUUGCAGCUGCGCUUAAGACAUGCCUGGAGAGCGGCAACUACAUGCAAAUGCGUAACUCGAUCAAUGUUCUUCACGCGCUGGGUACCAACUUCCCUAAAGUCACGAGCAUGGGCACAGAGCUGAAGGAGAUGGUGGUGCGUCUAAAGGAGGGAGAGGAGAGACAGGAUCUUAUGAGAUCGUUGGAGUCUGUUCUUGGACCCAUCCUCAAAGGAGAGAAGUUCUGGCAAGAAGACCAUGUUUUCCGCAACGUACCGGCACCUACUCCUGCGCCAGGAAGCACGACGAACGGAAGCGACAAAGCUGCUACCGAGAAGGGUAAGACUCCACAGCCACAAGAUGCAAAACUCGACGCGGCUGCACCGGCUUUCAAGCCCAAGUCCGAAACGAACGGUACUCCAGUACGAGAAUCGAAUGAGAAUAGGUCAAAGCAUAAUAGUGCAACUCCCGCGCCUCCCUCGAGGGACAAGCCGACGCCAAGAACAUCCGACAGCAGGCCUUCUACCCCAUCGCAACAAGACACCGGCUCCGGUAGACCUACACCGAAGCCAGGUCCUCCAAUGCAUCAUUCGUCUGUUCCACUGCGACCAGACAACAGGAAUACACCAGGGCAGAACACUCCCGUUGGCAGACCACCGCACGCAUUACCAACGCGACCAGAUCCACAACCGAGGAAUCGAUCAGAACGUCCUAUCAUUGAUCGCACGCCCGAAAGUGCGCAUGGUAGAUACGACAAUCGAGGUCCCCCUGGAGACUAUGGCCGACUAGAUCGCUCGGUAGACGCCGGGCGUCUGCGUGAGGCUUCGCCUGGUCGGCGCGCACGACCUCUGCCUGGUGGCAGAACUCCAGAAAGGGUACCUUCAGCCGCCGAGCACCGCGAAUGGUCUGGCAGAGAGCGUGAUUACGAUGAUCGAACUAUGCGAGGACCCCCACGAGAUUCGCGAGCGCCAGCAGUACGGCCACCUACUUGGGAUCCACACAACCCAAGAGAUAUGAGAGAUCAACGUGAGCGUUCUGAUCCUCGAGGUCAUGCUACGCCUGCAGCGAUGGAGUCUCGCCGUAUGCCAUCUACUUCUUCGUUAGCUAAUGAAUAUCGGCGAGAUGGCCCACCAGCCAACGCCCCAUAUGCUGCAGAGCAAAACGAUAGGCCAUCACGACUGCCAGCAGUGCCAAUCCCGGCCAAGGAAGAGCCCACAGUCAACCCCGCGCGUGCUGCCUUGAUCAAUCAAGCAGAGCAUGCAGGUGGCAGACACAUGCCACCGCGGUCUGAUCGUGACAACCGUAGCGAGCGAGACUCUCGUAUGAACUCUCCACGUCAUGGCGAUGAUAGGCGUGGUGACGAUCGUCGAGUCGAAGAGCGCCCGCCUGCUGGGUAUCAUGGACGAAACGACUUGUCCCGAGACGUUCGGGAUGAGCGUCCUCAGAUGCCACCCUCUGGCGGCCGCGACCGCCGGGACGAUCCAGGAGCUAGUGCCCCGACUGGUCCUCGUGGCGGGCGCAACGAAACCGCUGCAGCGUCUCGUGCAUCACGAGAGAUGUUCCAGCCUACACCUGGACCACGCGCGCAGGAUCCCAACUAUGGAAGACUGAAUCAGCCUUCGGAGCCGGCACCACCAUCAGGCCCACGCAGUGACAGGCCGCAUGCGCCGUCGCAGCCUUCCACACCGAAUGCACCCACCGGUCCCGCAGCGUCACUACCAGCAGGUAUUCAUCCUAGUAGGCUCGUUAACAUCGAGGGUAGAGCACCAAGCGGGCCACCGCUUCAGACUAAUGUACCGAACGCUCCAAGCGGCCCGCGCGGUAACAAUCGCGGUCCCCAAGGACCCGUCCCAUCAUCACCAGUUGGUCCGCGACCUCCGACCGGUCCCGGAGGACCCAGGAAUGCUGGUAACCCUCUCCGUGCCAUCAAUAACGUAUUGACUGGAAAUGCGCCCGGCGAUCGGUCAAACGAACGCGGUGCACCUCCUUCUAAUCCUCCUGUGCGAGGUCGUGGCGCUACACGCGCCAAUGGCCCAAUAGAAGGGUCCGGUGGUAUGACAAGCCCGAUGCCACCGCCGUCGCUUGAUUCUACACCCAACCGUAUGGAGAAUCAGCAUCCGAGAAGCAGCAGGAACGACGAUGUAUCAAGCAGGAUGGAGGGUGCUCCACCAGAAGAAGGCCGCUCAGAGUCACGCAGCCAUCGACACCGAUCAGGACGCGAGCGUUCACCCGAUCGAUCCGACCGACCUCGCGAAGAAAGGAGCAGCCGCAACCCUCCUUCCGACCGCCCAGAGGGUGAGCGGGGCUCCGACCGAGACCGUGGUGGUCGUGAAAAGCGAGGUGGCGACAGGGGAAGCAGCCAUCGAGAGCGCGAACGAGACGGAGAAUCGAGGUCAGGACGGGAGCCCCGUGAAAGCAGCAGACGAGAGCGUGGUUCUCGUGAUGAUGGACGAGCUUCGGGAAGGGACGAACGCGAUAGGAGGAGCCGUGGUGGCGGAGGCAGUGGAGGAACAGACGAUGGCCGCAAGAGAGGUCGCGAUCCCCAGGAUCAAGGCCAUGGAGAAACAAAGAGGAGGCGUUAG